CUCUUUAUUAAAAUACAUAGCAAGGUUAGGCUAGUCCAAUGUUGGUGCUGUUCCCUUCAUAUAUUUUAUUUUCCUUUCCCGCUCUCAUUCGAUCUGUGUAUUGAUCCACUUGAGGACCCGAGAAGUGUUGAUGGUUGUGAGCGCGUAAAAAAAAGAAAAAAAAAAGACACACGUAACCGUGUUUUUCGUUUGAUGUUACACCGCCCUCAUUCUUCUCAGUUGUGAUGGCGCUAUACCGAGUCCGAAGAGAAAAAGAAAGAGAGAGUCGGAGGUUCCAGAUCGCGUUCGAUAGUCCUAAAAAUUGUAUGAAGACAGAGCCAUUCCACGUUUUUUUUAUUUUCUCCCGUAAUAGUGCUCACCAACACAUCCAAACCAGCACAUCGUCCUACGAUCGUGGUCAUGAGUACAGAGCCCAGCUCUCAUACAUAUAUGCCCGCUUUUUUAGCAGAAGACUAAUCAUGGAUCGCUCCCAAGUUAGACGCGAUCGAGAAAGAGAGUGAGAGAGAGAAAGAUAGAGUGGGAUUGAAUGGGUUCUAUGUGUACCGCACCAAAAAAAUCCGCGAUUUCUGUCUUGCACAGAAAAAAGGGUGCUCUCAACUAAGCAAGGCAUCAUAUUUGGCUGUGACGAGGUGUUUGUUGGUAAACUAAACGAACAAGCAGGGGUAGACCAUCGUUGUUGCUGUUGUCUGUCUGUUCUCUUCUAGGCAGAAGCGGAAGAGCUAGAUUGUGGAUAAAAAAAAAAGUCCGUUGACGCAAGCAGGGAGGGGGAAAUAGAA